UUCCGGUCGUAGUUAGCUUGGAUUAGCUUGAUAGCUGGUUCAAUAAUUUUCUUCCUUACCAGCAACUUUCUGAUUUACUGUCACAUCUCACAUCUCACCUGUGACUUUGGGUGACUGGGCGCUGUGUAAAGUGAGUGUCUGAAGAAAACGCCCAGUGCGUCUAUCCACAGCUACGUCCCAUCAUGUCUAACAACUACCCGUACAGAAGAGCGCCGCCAGCCGCUGCUGACUCUUGGCCUGACCACGGGACUUACCGCUCAUCAGACCGCCGCCACACCUCUGAGGACUACGACAUUUACAGGCUUCCUCAUGAGGCGUCGUCUCAUUUGUCUUCUUCCUCCUCUGGAGACUUGAGGGAGUCGUCGUACUCGGCCUCAAGGUCGGACAGCGCUCUCGUCCUCCUCAGCAGCUGCGGCCUGGAACCUGAUGACCUAGCACUGCUGGCCGAGCUGCCCGAGGACAUCCUCACCGUCGAGUCGCUCCCGCACCUCCUUAAGGAGAUCAAAGACAAGAGGGGGGUGAGCAAGCCGCACCUUCCCGUGCCUUCAUCGUCUUCGUCUUCCUCCUCCUCUGCCCGUCCUUCUGCCUCAUCUCGUCUGCACACCGCUAGCAGCUCCAGCAGUGAGUUGGAUAGCCUGCGGGGCCAGCCUGUGCAGUACCCACUUGACCACGCCUUCAUCACGCCCAAGCCCCUCCCACCUGAACAGGUGCAGGACUGGCAGGACCGCUGGGGGAAUCCCAGAAGGACCAGCUCCAACACUUACAAACCCUCGUCUAGUGUAGAUCCCAAGCCCCUCCCGCCCGAGCAGGUUGAGGAGUGGCAGGACCGCUGGGGGAACCCCCGGAGGAACCCCUCCACCGCUUACAAACCCUCCUCAAGUGCAGAGCUGCCAUCAUCAGCAUCAGCAUCAUCAUCCUCCAGCUACGUCGUGGACUAUGACCAUCGCGUAAAGUCCACUGAUUACGAUAAGAGCGGGAGAGAUGGAGGUUCGGGCUCCAGGUAUGACCGACCUUCUUACAGCUCAGCGGAGGAAGAGAGCCGCAGCAGAAACUCAGCUUCCCGCCUCUCCCAUCCCGGAUCAGCUGAUUACAGGUUUGCGCCUCCUCACGACGAGUACCGUGCCAAAGCUCAGACGGAGCGCCGCAAUCCGGACCACUCUUCCAUCAGGAGCAGCAGCAGCAGCAGCAGCAGGCCCAACAAGGUUCCCUUGCCCUCCAAGAAAGCAGCGCUUGACUUCCACGGGUCGGUGCCGGAGACGUACCCAUACUCGUGCACACUGUGUGGGACCACUGUCCUCACAGAGAAGUUCUGGCUCCAGCAUAUCAACGGGUCUCAACAUGCAGACGGACAGCUCAACCUGCUUCAGUGGUUUCCCGACUGGGACUGCCGCAUGGAGACAAUUGAAAGGGCCGACAGCGAAUCGGAGAAGCCGAAGGAUGAAGGGAGGCACGCCAGCCAGUCCCAGACAGCCAGUCAAAGCUCUUAUCCACAGCCGAAUAAAAAGUCCACAAAGAAGUCUGCAGGGAACAGCAAAGUGGUCUGUGUUAAAUUUCCAGCCCAUUCUGUGGAUGAGAAGCACCUGAGAACGUUGACUGAGCCGUUUGGGAAAAUAGUGAAAGUCAUCAUGUUUCCCACCUUGGCGUUUGUGGAGCUGGGCUCCACCGACCAGGCCAAGGACUUGGUGAAGUACUACGAGAACCACCCUCCCUCCGUAAAGGGCGAAAACAUGAGCUUCUACAUGUCCAACACCUUCAACUUCCUGCAGAGUUCCCGGGUGUUGAGCUUCGCUCCCGCUCCGGCAGGCGAGGACGGAUUCUCCGACCUCAUCAGCAUCGCUAAGCGCUUCGGCCCGCCGCUCUACACUCUGUUCCUGCCGUCCAUGGCUUUUGUUGAAAUGAAAAAUGCCGAAGAUGCUCAAAAGCUGAAUGAAUACUAUUCGUCCAACACCCUGAGGAUAAACGGUCAAACUAUAAAGGUUGCUUUCUCUGGAGAAUACAACACCCUCAUGCGGGUUUCCUCAGCCAAGAGGUACGAAGAGGAGAGUUCUUCAACCAAGAGGACGAAGAGUCCCAGCUCAUCGAGAGACGAGGCCACGCCGGCCAAGAAGAGGAGGGGCAGUAGAGACGGUGAGGACAGGCAGAGGAGUGAAACGAGGUCCAGAUCCAGAUCCAGAGACAGAUCCCGAGACAGAUCCUCCAGGGCUGGCAGGUCCAGGGAGAAGACAGCGGUCCUGGACAAAACUCAGCAAAUCAAAACAGAGCCCAAAGCCAACAAAUCAGCAUCUUCCAGGUCCAGGUCCAGAGAUCGAUCCAGAGACAAAUCCAAAUCCAGAGAUAAAUCCAGAUCCAGAGACAAAUCCAAAUCCAGAUCCAGAUCGAGAGACAGAUCCAGAUCCAGAGAUAAAUCCAGAGACAGAUCGUCCAGGGCUGGCAGGUCCAGGGAGAAGGCCGUGGCUCCUGAAAAAACUCAGCCAACUAAAACGGAGCCCAAAACUCAGCAAAGCAAAGCGGAGCCAGAAACCGACAAACCAGCAUCUCCCAGCAAACCUGAAACCAGUGAGAACGAACCGAUGGAGGCGGAAGCAGCGUCUUCUGGAGACGAGAGCGACAUCGAGGGGAUGGAGGUGAUCGGAGAAGAUGGAGAGAAUCUGGAGGACGACUACUUGGAGAUUCUGGAUGAAGCCAGCGGAGACAUGGAAGGAGAGGAGGAGGAGGAGGAGGAAAACAAGGAAGGGGAAGGGGAAGGAGAAGGAGAGGAAGGAGAGGGUUCGCUGGAGGAGGAAGCCGCCGAGGGAGAAGGUCAAGCAGAGACCAUCGACUCUCCUGAGCAAGGGAACGAGGAGGAGGUGACGAGAGAGGAGAAACCCGAGAUGAAAGAAGAGGAAGACGAGGAGGAGGAGGAGGAGGUUUUAGAGAACGAGGUGACAUCUGAGAUCAACUUGAAGAAAGAAGAGUCAGAAACCAGCAGAGAACUGGAAGCACAGGAGAGCACAGAGACGCACCUGGAGGACGACGAGGAGGAACCAGAUUUCCCAGAGGACCUUGAGAACUGCAUCACUCUGGAUGAACUGGAUGAAGACAAAUCUGACGAUGAAGAGGAGGAGAACAGAGAUGAACCCAAGUCUUGCAGAGUGAUUUAUUUUAAGGGGCUGCCGCAGCGCUACUACACCGACUCGGACUUUGUGAAGAUCGUGAAGGGCUUCGGGAAAGUGGCGCGCUACUAUCUGAACCGCAACCACCAGCAGGGCUUCAUAGAGAUGUGCAGCUCCUCAGAGGCUUUCAGGGCCGUCAGGGAGCUCAGCAGCAAAACCUUGGAGUUCCACGGCUCCCAGCUUGUCGUCCAGAUUUCACACAAGUACCGGAGGCUUGUCGAAGGAUGGGAAGUUCAGUCGGACUCAGAGUCGGACGAGGAGAGGAGGAGGGGGAGCAGGAGCCGAAGCAGGAGGAGCGAGAGGAGCAGCAAGUCCAAGACCUCGGAGACGGAGGAGUCAAACAGGAAGUCUGCUGCGAGACCGGAGCCCUCCAAAAAGACGCCGGAGAAGGAAUCGACGGGCAGAAAGACUCCAGAAAAGGAGUUGGCAGCAGAAAAGACUUCUGAGGAAGAGUCAACAAGCAAAAAGACGCCGGAGGAAGAGGACUCGGCUCAGAAGACGCUCGAAAAGGAGGAGCUCGAAGGCAAAGAGACUCCACAGAAAAGACAAACAAGACAGAGUUCACAGACAAAGCCAGCAAGCAAAAAGACUCCAGAGAGAAGGCCGACGAAACAGAGCCUACAGAAAAAACCAGCGAGCAGAAAGAGUCCGGAGACAGAGGACUCAGAGGAGAAAGCAGAAAGAAAGAGGAGUCCAGAGAAGGAGUCAGCCGCUCAGGAGGAACGAGCUGAAAACGCUCCGGAAAAGCAGGAAGAAUCAGCCGAAAUGACUCCAGAGGAGGAGUCGGUCACAAACACUACAGCAGAAGAAGAAACGCCCGCGGUUCAGGGAGUUUGUUCAGAGGAGACGGCGUCCAAACCAGGAGAGGAAGAGCCAGAGAGGCAGGAGGAGACGGAAGAGACGGAUCCUCCAGGAGCGCAGGCUGAACAGAGAGCUGGUGGUGACGGGCUGGCCGAGGUGGAGCAGCAGUCUGAGCCUGCAGGAGGCGCCACCGAGCCGCCCAAACCCACAAAACCUGUUGGAACCGAGUUCGUGCGUCCGGUCGUCGGCUACUUCUGCAACCUGUGUCAGGUGAUCUACGCCGACGAGGACGAGGCCAAGCAGCAGCACUGCAGCAGCCCCAGCCACUACCAGAGAUACCAGGAAAAAACAGGGAAGGAUCCGUGGGCCGACUGACAUCUGGACACAUUUGUGGCUCUUGACAGAAAACGAGUUUCAAAAAGGGAAUAUGUUGAAAUAUCAAAUUGAAAAUUACUGAUGUGGCUCAUCAGGAAAACAAAAUAUCAGAUGGAGAAAAAUAAAGUCUCUUUUGUGAUUAAAAAGUUCCUGCCAGCUGCUCUGAGAGAAGAGACGGCAGGUCAGAUAUCUGAACUCUCCUCGCUUCAACCUCGGCUGCUUUGUUUGUGACGACAAACUGACAGGAUCCAACCAGAGGUGACACACACACACACACACACACACCACCUGACGGCAAGAGCGGUGGGAUUGGAGCUGGGAUUAUUGCACAGAACACUAAACAAACAUUCAGCUGCUUCAUUUUUCGUUUUUUCUCCACCGGACGGUUCAGCUCUCGCCCCUAAACGAUGUUUCACGCUGGAAUCGCCGCGUCCUCUGAGAGAAGGAGCCUUCAGUUCCUGUUUUCAUUUUGUUGACUUGAUCAGACUGUGUGAGCGCUUCAGUUUCUUCAUGCACGGCUCCUGCUUUUGUGUUUGCAUUUAUUUAAAGGUUUAUAUCAUUUCACACCUGCUGCUUUCCAAACUCAUCAAGGCAGGAUUUUUUUGUGAUUUUUAUUUAAGUUUCGUGCCGUUCCACUGCGAUUCUCCUUCCUCUGGUGGGGAUUCAGUGUUUGACUGGAAAUGUGCCAACCUAGGACUUAAGACUGAAGUGAGCAGAGCGUCGCUGAGGGAAAAGAGUCCAUCUCACAGCGUCUCCAUGCAGUUUGAGUUUCAGAGCUCACAUUGAGUUGAAUCCCCUCCUCGCAGUGUUACUUCUGUUUUUGUUUGUUGGUUUGACUUCAGAUGGAAAUGUGUAUUAAAGAUGCAAAUUUUCAGUUUCAGGAAUGUCUCGCUCUCUUUAAUCUUCAUCACUGCAACCACUUUUCAUCUGUCGGGGGUCCUGUGCCUUGCUCAAGGGCAGGUUGACAGUUAAAGAAAGACUGAAUUUUUAGGCGGAAUCUGAUCAUCAAACCGUGAGUUUGGUGUGUAUUUAAUUUUUGUGAUGGUUUAGUGUACAGCGGCUAUUCUCCAAAACUGAAGCAUCACAUUUAAAAAAAAAAAAAAAAAAAAAAAAAAAAGGCCAAACAUCUGGAAACUGAUUCUUUUUCAGCAUUUAUUUUUAAAAAUCUAAGAAGCCUAACAUGAACAUGGAGGCUGAGCGUCGAGAACAAACAAAACAACUUAAAAAAAAAAAAAAAAAGACCAGAACAAAAAUGAAACAUUUCCAUGCACACGUGGUUUGAUGAGUCGGCUGAAGAGGCUACGCAGACGGCUUCUUCCCUUUCUUGGUGCCUUGUGUUUUGGUCUGCUCCCUUUCCAGAUAUUUCUGAAAGAGAAGGAACAUGAAGAAAAGCUCAGACCUCCUCUCCAACCAAAACCAGUUUUCACAUCUGUUCUUUAGAGUCUGCUGAUGCUAAAACAUCUUAUAAUGGCUUUGAAUCAGAAUUAUCAGCCAUAAUAUUUUUAUUUAAAGUCCCCAGUUCACAUCUGCAUUUCAUUUUGUUUCCCAAUCUUAAUGACCAUUUCUGCCAUUACACAUCCCUCUUCUUUUUAGAAUAUAGUGUUAAUUAUUGUAAGUUUAAUAAGAUGUAUAUAUUUUAAAAAAAUGAUAAUGAAGGGAAAGGUUUCAGCUUCUGCUUAUUCUUUGCUCACUGACACUAAAGGGCUGGUGAAAUGGUCUCAACUACUGUUUAAAUAGAGACCUGGGGAAAAAAAA